GGGCAAAGGGGAGAAAGCAUUGGGCACCAAGUAAAUUGUGUCAUCGCUAUUAGCGCUCCUCUGACCUGAGGUUUGGUGUCGGCUAGGGAAAUAGGGUUGUGCACAUUUGCGUCUUUAGGGUUCUUGGCGGAGUUGUCUUUCUCUUUGCGCAUUGUGUAAACAGGGGAGCUCUCGCCGCAACACUCGCCCCGCUAGCACCUAACCGCAUCCUGAUGCGCUCACAAAGGACUUGCCCGUCUUGCGGCCUUUCUCUCCUUCCAGUCCCUUUGCCGCCAGUAAAGCACGCGCUAAACGACAGUACCGACCAUACAUUUGCGAUUGAUGAGCUUCGCGGCCACGUACCGCCUGCUGCCGCUAGCAACAUUCGAAAGCCUUACCAACAUCUUUACUCUCAACAGCAGCUUCUCGCUAUGUCCGUCUAUGCGUCAACGAUACCCAUAUCUCACCCGAAGCGGCCGCGUUGCGAUAAUUGGGGGACAAUGUUUGAAAUGGAGGCAAAUGUCGUCCUCCGGAAGGCAACCUUGCGAACGUCAGCGGAAGACAAUGCAAAAACAUGGCCAUGUGCAAAGCCAAGGGCGGGGUCGACAAGACACUGUGGCUCAAAGGAAGGAGGAGCUUCAUCAUCACGGCAGAGUGCGGCAUGUUCACAUAGGAAUAGCUGGCGAACUGGCUUGCGUUGUGGGUACAGAUAGUGUUACGUGUUCCUUUCACAGUAACCACUUUGCUCAUGAAAGCCGCGAGCAUUGUGUAAGUCUGGGAAGGAAUGGCGGCGGGGUCGAUGAGAGUGGAGAACGUAUGUCGGUGAAGCACGAGGGAGGUAGUGGGAAGGCACUUUUGGUCCAUGAAAUAGUCGAGGAGCUUCGAGCGCACCUUAGAGAUUUAACUCAUGUCGAUGCAAGCAGGGUAUGGUGGCUUCUCGUACAUGGGUCUCGGUACGGUGCGGACCAAAUGACGAAUCUCGGUCUAAUUCUGGAAUUGCUGACCCGUGAAGAGAUCCGUGCUGUGAUCAAUGCAUUGCGAAGACUGCCUAGUCCGCAUAAGGCGCUGAAGCUAAUUUAUAAACUAAUUCGCUGGAUGAAGGCAGCUGGACUGAAGCCGAAUGCCGACGAAUGGAACGUAAUUGUUUGGUUGUACCUAUGGCGCCUAGGACAAGACCUGGACAAGACCCACAGGCUUUGCAGACGGCUGGGCAGUAGGAGAUAUGGCGAGCCAAAUAUGGAUACCUGGAUUUUGUUUUAUGAAAGAGCCGUCGCGUCUCGAGAUCGGAGAGGCAUGGAUUGGGUGGUCGCAGAAAUGCGGCAACAAAGUGCACUUAUCGAUACGAGAGUGGUGUGUCAAUUCCUAAAAGCUCAUGCUGCCGAAGGUGACAUUGCCGGUGCUCUACACCUAUAUCGAAUGUUACCCUCCCUCGGCAUUAUACCCGACUUGUCGAUCUACCAGCAGCUGAUUGCGCUUGCUUCUCGGAAUAGGAACCCGCUAAUUGCCUGUCAGCUCUAUGAAGAAAUGUUAAAUCAAGGAAUUCAGCCCACUGUCGCAGUUUUCAAUUCCAUUAUCAAUGCUCACUUAAAACGAGGGCAGGGUGUUCAGAAUUGGUUAAAGCGGAUGAAAGACAAUGAGUUCAAGCCGAAUGUCGCGACCGUUACUAUCCUCUUGCACAACAAACUAGCAAGGGGAAAUACAACGAACGACGUAUUCCCUACCUUCGAAUCCAUUUUCAACGACGAAAAGCAGGAAGUGGACAUGGUAUUUGCCUCGGUUGCCAUCGACUACUUUGUCGGUGUAGGUCGGCUAGUGGAGGCGCGCACACUGUACAAUGCCAUGGUAGCGCGGAAGAUUCAACCUGACCCAUCAAUAUACGGAUCCUUGAUCCGUGGCUAUCUCAUUGAGCGUGAUGAAAUCUCUGCUGAAGAAAUGAUCAGGGAAAUGGCGCGGGACGACGUAAAGCCCGAUAGGUAUAUGAUGACAAAAUUGAUCGACGGCUAUCUACGACGUAACGACUUCGACACUGCCUCUCGUGCAUACCGUGAGAUGCUUCGGAGCACCGGCCUGCGUAAUAUCCGCGCAGCUGGUAUUCGACCGGACUCGCACGUGCUUUCUGCAUUUCUUGCCUCCUUCGCCCGCCUUAAAGAUCCGGAGACCGCCCUGAAAGUUUUUGUUGAGAUGCGAACAAAUGGGGUCAAACCUGAUGCAGCGGCGUAUACCCAACUUAUGUCAUUAUUUAUUCACGAUGUGUCCGUUGUACGCCAACUGUGGGCGGAUCUCCAAGCAACUGGGGUGACGCCAGAUGAAGAAUGCUUUCGCAUCCUGUUGGUGGCCACCAUUCAAGAUGACGCAGAUGUCUCUGAUAUCAAACAAAUAUUCGACGAUAUGACGCGGCACAACGUGGAACCGAACUCACGCAUCUUUAGUGAGCUAACAGCCCCGCAGGGUCAAUUUGGAGAACUGCCUAUGACGCAAGCGGUUUUUGAUCGGAUGCGAGCAACCAACAUAAAGCCGACUGUUUAUGCAUACGGACGAAUCAUACGAGUGCAUGCCUGGGAAGGGAACUUUGAGCAGGCAGAGUCCUAUUUUCGCAUGACACGGCAACACGGGCUUUUGCCUAAUGUACAUACGUAUAAUUCUAUUAUUCGUGGGUUUAUCCGGUGGAAACGGUGGGAAAAGGCGCUGGAGUAUCAUGGAAUGCUAAUCGCGGAAGGGUGUCCGAGACUAGCAGAGUUGGAGCAUCGGAUGGAGGAAGUGAGGAGAGCGGUUGGAGAAGAGGAGUGGGAAAGGCAUUUGACGGCAGGAAAGGCAACUUUGGUGAAGAGGUCAGCUGACACUGUGCCGGCGUCCUUGGCGGCGAAGGAACGACUACCGAACUUUCCGUGUUCCACGUUAAAUGUCACUAGCACGCUUGCCAGGUUACUUUUCGGCGAUGGCGACGAUGCGCAGGAAGGUUGCAGCAAGGACGGCUCCCUGGAAGCUCUAACAGAUGUCUUUUCAUCACCUUUACCUGACAAGACGGUGCGGGUUCAAGUCGUGCAUGAAGUUGAUGUUGAGGACCGGG